AUGUCUGCAGACCGGCCAACCAGCCAGCGCCGCCCUUCGUCUUCCCCAUAUCUCCUCUCUCCAGGCGGAUAUGACGAAGAUGCUACGACCAUACGCGCGCUAUCCGAUCAGGAAUCGGACUCUGAAGAUGACCAGCUUAUGGAAGCUUCCCGGAGUACCCUCGACCUGGUACAACACGACCGCACCGUUCUAGAGGAGGAAGAGGAGCGGGAGCGGCUGUUAAUCAGGGCGAAGUCGAGUCCAACAGAUGGCCUACGAAGGAUAUUUGGGGCCAAUCCCCAUGAUAAUGGGAGCUUUAGUGUGAAGAUUGGGAAACGGGACCGGAGUAGGCGGCGGAGAAGAGAAUUAGCCGCAAUGACGAGUGAUCGAAGGAGACGAAGGAGCUCUGCGCAGAGCAAUAAUGAUACUAUGAAUUUGGGAGAAGAUGAUGAAUUAAUGUACGAAAUGGAGGAGGGUGUGUGCAAAGCUAUUGACUCUGAUGACGAUUCACGAUCCGUAUCAACCAUAAGUUCCAUAUUUAGCGAUUUGGACCCUCGGGAUAUCGAAAGUAGAGGCUACUGUGGCAGUGACUCAUCAUGUCGGGUGGUUUCUCUAAUCACAUUCGCUAUACUAAUCCUAUUCUCACUUCUAUACCUGGGGGCUUAUAAAGCGUCAAGCGGCUAUCGGACAUCCCAUCAUCAACCUCCUAAUACUAUAUCCAACGGCACCUCGCUAUUCCUACCUACCACUAUACUCAUUUCCCUUGAUGGAUUCCGAGCUGAUUUCCUCACCCGCGGCCUCACACCAACUCUCAAUUCCUUUAUUGCCAACGGAAUAUCACCCAAGUACAUGCUUCCAAGUUUUCCAUCCGUCACAUUCCCCAACCAUUUUACACUGGUAACUGGCCUCUAUCCUGAGAGCCAUGGAAUCGUAGGAAACACAUUUUGGGACCCCGAGUUAAAAGAUGAUUUUUACUAUACAAAGCCUGAGAAGAGCAUGCAGCCAAAGUGGUGGACAGCUGAACCCAUCUGGGCCACUGCUGAGAAACAAGGUGUGAAAACCGCCAUUCAUAUGUGGCCUGGGUCCGAAGCGCACAUAAUGGGAAUCGAGCCUACAUUCCUGGAUAAAUACAACGGAAGUGAAGCCCUGCCUCGAAAAGUUGACCGAAUUCUCGAAUUAAUAGACCUCCCAGGAGAGAAGGACGCGGAUAUUCCGCCUACCAUUAUGCAGCGGAGGCCUCAGCUCAUUGCAGCGUAUGUACCGAAUGUGGAUGCCGCAGGGCAUACCUUUGGCCCCAACAGUACUGAGAUUAGAACAACGAUUGCCAACGCCGAUAAAAUGUUGGCGUCUAUUCUUCAAGGCCUGGAGGCAAGAAAUCUGACUAACGUCGUUAACAUUGUGGUUGUAUCCGAUCAUGGAAUGGCCACCACCUCAGUCGACCGCCUGGUCCAGCUCGAAGAUCUAGUGGACCUUAAUCUGGUUGAACGAAUUGACGGCUGGCCCCUCCGAGGGCUUGUACCGAAACGAAAAGAAGAUAUCCAAUUAUUAUUUGAACAGGCGAAAAAUCACACUGCCUUCAUGGGAUUCGAUGACUACCUCGAAAUUUAUACCCGUGAGACUAUGCCGGAACGUUACCAUUUCUCGAAGAGCAAUAGAAUCGCACCAUUAUGGGUAAUCCCUAAGACUGGCUGGGCGAUUGUCGAACGGCCAGAUUUCGAUGUAAAGCUGGCUCAAAAGGAGGGGAAAGCCUACCAUCCGAUGGGGAUUCAUGGGUACGAUCACGAACAUCCGCUAAUGAGAGCUAUAUUUGUAGCUCGGGGCCCCAGUUUCCCGCACAAAGCAAACAGUAGAGUCCAAGAAUUCCAAAACAUUGAAGUAUAUAACAUAAUAUGCGACUCACUUAGAGUCCAACCUCGCCCUAAUAACGGCACAUUGCGCCUUCCAUUAAAACCUGUCGGGUUACACUCUGAUGGGAAAAGUCCUCCUAUCGAAAAUCUAGAUGACCAAGAUCCGCCUAAGUCAACUUCAUCUAAAACCCCUAUUUCCACUAGACCUCCUGUUCCACAUCCUACUGCAAUCACAGGAAAUGCCGGCAUUCCUCCUCCCCCUCCUCCGAAGGCUACUCAGCAAAGUCAGGGACGGCCUUCUUCAAUUAUUGACAGGAUAAUUGACAAAGUCAAAGGCUGGGCAAGUGACCUCCUCGGCUUUGUUGGGCUAGGGUGA